AUGACACUUUGGAAAUUAUUGAAGCCACUUGUAAUCCAGUGGCCUUCCAGAGGUUUACAUACUUCUAAUAAAUUUUACGGAGCAGUUUUGAUUGAUGGCCAAGCAAUAGCAGAACAAGUACUAGAAGAAGUUAAAGCAGAAGUUGAAGAAUGGACAAGAGCAGGAGAGAGAAGGCCAAAACUUAUUGCUAUUUUAGUGGGUGAAAAUCCUGCUAGUAAAGCAUAUGUUGGAAGAAAAAUGAAAGCUGCCAAAGCUGUUGGAAUUGACAGCGAGACAUUAAGAUUUUCAAAUGAUAUAACUAGAGAAGAGUUAUUAAACUCAAUAAAAAAAAUUAAUGAAGAUCCUACAAUAGAUGGACUUUUGGUUCAAUUACCAGUUCCUGAACAUAUUAAUCAGCAGGAAGUUUGUCAAGCUGUGUCUGCAGACAAAGAUGUUGAUGGAUUCCAUUUAGAAAAUAUUGGAAAACUUUCUCUCAACCGCAAAGGAAUUAUUCCAGCCACUGCUUUAGGAGUUAAGGAGCUAAUUGUUAGAUCAAAUAUCCCUACUUUUGCUAAAAAUGCUGUAGUCAUUGGUCGAUCAAAACAUGUUGGAUUUCCUAUCGCUUCUUUACUUCAUUCUGAUGGAACAGGAGAGACACCUGGCCUUGACAUGACAACAACAAUCUGCCACCGUUACACCCCACGUGUAGAGCUUGAAAAACACACAAAACUAGCAGAUAUUGUUAUUACAUGUGCAGGAGUCCCUGGUUUAGUGACAAUGGAUAUGAUAAAACCAGGAGCUUGCGUGAUUGAUGUUGGUAUUACAAGAAUCAAAACAGAUGAAGGUAAAUAUAGAUUGGUUGGUGAUGUGGAUUAUGACAAUGUGAGAAAAGUAGCUGGACAUAUAACUCCAGUUCCUGGAGGUGUUGGUCCAAUGACUGUGGCUAUGCUUAUGAAAAAUACUAUGAUUGCUGUUAAAAUGAUGAAAAGUAGGAGCUUGAAAAAUGGUAACUUGCGUUACAUUAGUUCCUAG